GGAAGUCAGGGGAACGUACGGUACAUGCAGGAGACACCGUUCUGUCUCAGAGUUGGACACCUUCUCUCCUACUCCAUGUCAGAUUCCAACACAACUGCUUUCAAGAACCCCUCUAGCUUCAUUCUCCUGGGUAUUCCUGGGCUGGAGGCAGCCCAUGUCUGGAUUUCCAUCCCCUUCUGCACCAUGUAUGUCAUAGCCAUCUUGGGGAACUUCACCAUCCUGUUCAUUGUGAAGACGGAGCCGAGCCUCCAUGGGCCCAUGUACUAUUUCCUCUGCAUGCUGGCCAUCACCGACCUGGUCCUGACUACAUCUACGCUGCCGAAAUCGCUGAGCAUCUUCUGGUUCAGUUCCAGGGAGAUCGAUUUCAGUGCCUGCCUCACCCAGAUGUACUUCAUUCACUGCUUUUUAGAGAUGGAGUCUGGGAUCUUCGUAGCUAUGGCUCUGGAUCGCUAUGUGGCCAUCUGCAACCCCCUGAGACAUUCUGCCAUCCUGACAAACCCCGUUGUGGCCAAGAUUGGCCUGGCCGUGCUGCUGCGCGGCUGCCUGGUUAUACUGCCCAUUCCCAUCCUGGCGAGGCAGUGGCCGUAUUGCAGAACCAACAUCAUCCCCCAGCCGUACUGCGCACAUAUAGCCGUGGUGAAUCUGGCCUGCGCCGACACCCGCGUCAGUAGUUACUACGGCCUUUUUAUGCUAUUCUGUGUGAUGGGUCUGGAUGUGAUUUUUAUCGCCGUGUCCUAUACCCAGAUCCUCAGGGCCAUCUUCAGCCUCCCCACAAAGGACGCCCGGCUCAAGACUUUUGGGACCUGCAGCUCCCACCUCUGUGUCAUUUUAGCCUUUUACAUCCCAAAUCUCUUCAUCUCCCUCAUGUACCGGGUUGGACAGAAUGUGCCUGGGCAUUUCCACAUUCUCAUUGUCAAUGUGUACCAAUCAAUGCCCCCCACGCUAAAUCCCGUCAUCUAUGGGGUGAGGACCAAACAGAUCCGGGGCAGGCUGCUCCGGCUCUUUACUCAUGAAGGGACCUAA